AUGCAAACCGCUGCUUUCUCAUCGGUUGAAACUCGAAAUGUUGAUGAAGCUCAAUUCAUUGGUCCUUGGAAGUUGGGAAGGACUUUGGGCGAGGGUAAUCUUGCCAAAGUGAAGUUAGGGAUCCACUGGGAGACGGAAGAAAGGGUCGCAUUGAAAAUGAUACGCAAUGCGGAGAUGGAAGAUGAGUGUAUUUGGAACCAUGUUUUACGAGAAGUCAUGAUUCUGCGGAAGUUUCAGCAUCCAAAUAUCCUCUCUCUGUACCAAGUGCUUCGUGUCCCAAAGUAUACAGUGCUCGCAUUGGAAUACAUGGACACCGACCUUCACAGUAUCCUCGCAAAAUGCAAGCGUUUAAACGAGUCCGUAGCUCGCAGGAUAUUUCAACAAGUAGUAUUUGCUGUUGAAUACUGUCACCAAAACAAUGUGUCUCAUCGCGACCUGAAGCUUGAAAACAUUCUUCUUUCUAAGGACUUCACCGUGAAGCUUAGUGAUUUUAGCCUUUCCAAUUUUAUGUAUGAUGGUACAUUUUUAAGAACUUCUUGCGGAACUCCUCAUUAUGCCGCUCCCGAAGUCAUUCAAGGCCGGUAUUAUGAUGGGUGUGAUGUGGAUAUUUGGGGUUGUGGAAUCCUGCUCUAUCUCAUGCUUACCGGUGAAUUUCCCUUUGAGGAUGUCACCAUAUCUAAUGUUUUAAGUCGUGCUUGCAAAGGCAUUUACACCGUACCUUCUCACGUUUCUACAAGUGCUACCGAUUUAAUCCGACGGAUGCUCACUGUCAUCCCUACUUCCAGAAUCAAAAUUGGUGAAAUUAUUCAGCAUCCUUGGUUUAUAGCUGAUAGACUUCCAUCUUAUCACCUGUCCUCGCAUAAUUCUUUUUCCUCACCUGAGAAACAACAUCCUGUCAGCUAUUACCCAGCUGAAUUAGCAAAACUUUUUGGUUCAUCACCAAAUUCUACUUUUAAUGUCCAAAACAAAGUAUCAAAUCCUUCUUUGGAAUUUUCAUACCCUCAGUUUUCUGCCUCGACCAACAGCGACCUUAGUUCCUCUGUCGAAACUCUGCCUUUUCAAGGUAUUUUCUAUGCAGGUUCUAUUCCAAACUCACCUACAAAGUCUGACACAAAGGGUGCCUCUACUGCAGCCACAGGUUACUCCAAUUCGUCGCCCCAAUCACAUGUCAGUAUUUUACCGACAUCUCUUCCCAGCGAACAUGCAACUUACAUGGGAAAUACGUAUAAUUUUCGCAAAUUGCAGUCGCCCACAUCAACUCGGAUACGAACCUUUCGAUGGCAUUUUGGUAUACAAUCAAAUAAACCUCCUCGACAAAUCUUGUUGCAAUUUUGCCAGAGCUUACAGCAACUUGGUGCUUCCUUUCUCCCUUACAGUACAGAAGAGUUCUUACGCGAAAGUAAAUACCGCAUAGAUGCGAAAUUCAACUCUGACAAUUUUGUUGUUUAUUUGGCGUUUGAAGUGUUUUCUCUUGGUUCAUUGGCAAAUAUUAUUGACAUACGGUUUUCUAGUAAUAAGGCUUCGCCGAUCAAUAAUCCCAUGCCCUGUUUUGAAGUCGUUAAACGGUUUCUCCAGAAAAUCAUUUAA